AUCCAAUGUACUAAGUAACCAUGCCUCACUUGAAAACGGUUCCUAGCUUCAAAUAAUGCUUUGCCACACAUCAUCCAGAGGUCCAUCACCUAGCUUCACCWKGCCACACAUUGCUGCCAUGGCUCAUGUUAACAGUUACCUUUCUAUUCUGCUGCUAUUCCUUCCUGAGGGGUUCUCUCAACUGGUGAAAACACAGCAGGUUGUCACAGCAACCCUGGGAGAGGAUGCUCACUUCAGCUGCAGGCUCAUGAAACCCAAAGAUGUGCUUCAAGUCACCUGGCAGAAAGUGACAUCAGGGGCGACUGAAAAUGUGGCCACCUACAACAAACGAUUUGGACCAGUAGUCAACCCACCUUUUCAGAGGAACGUGGAGUUUGAAGAUGAGGGACUGCAGAACUGCUCUAUUGUCAUCAGAGGAGUGUCAAGAGGAGACGAGUCCUGCUACAAGUGUCUGUUUAACGCCUAUCCAGAUGGAGCUAUCAGUGGCAGGACCUGCCUCCAUAUUAAUGAGCUGUAUGGACCCUCCACACGUCACAAAACCAACAACAGUCACACCACUCUGUCCUGUUCUGCUACGGACGACCUGCUCCUACAGUAA